UUAAAAAAGAGAGUAAUAGGGAGAGAGAAGUUGAAUACCUGUUAUAACCAUUUGCAUUUCCUCUCAUCUCCCCAGUGAUGUUGUGGAUAAUGGAAAGUGUAUUCUCAUCCCAGUCCGUGGGUGUUCAAACUUUAUGAUGUGCAUGUGUUUCUCUCUCCAAUAUGUGCUUCACCCCCACACAUCCAGACGGGGACCCAGGCUCCCAGCAGCAUUUAUCCCAGCUCUGCUGCACCAUGAGCAGCCUCAAGCCCAGCGACUGGCCCCUGAUCCUGGUUCACAUGCUUCUGCUCCAUCUUCAUCCUGUAGAUGCGCAGGGAAUUGACUCUGUGUCGCAGAAACUACGACGGCUCAAUGAACAGUUCCAGCAGUUCCAGGCACUGACCCAGGCCCGUUUGGACAUGUUGGCAAUGAACCAGAACAGGAACUCCUCAUGGGAGCUGGAGAGCCGUGUUCACACUUUACAAGAGCAUUUCCACCACAUGUCACAAGACCUGGAGCAAAUAAAGCAGAGCACAACACAGGAGAUAGAGGGUCUCAGGGAGUGGAGUAGGAAGCUUGAGAAGAAGAGUAAGCGCAUAGAAGGUCGUAUGUCUUUGAUGGAGAGGAACCUUAGGGAGAGCCACCGCCAUGUCCAGGAAGAAAAGCCUGAUCUUGGUCAGGAUUUCUCCAACCUUAGCCAGGAGCUUCAGAACCAAGAGGAAAGGCUCGCUGCUCUCCAAGCCCAACGAGAUGAACUGUUGGUGGGGCUAAAUGGGUUGCAGGACUCCCUGAAAAAACAGGUGCUACGUGUGAAUCGAGUGGAAGGACAGCUUGGCGAGGUCCUGCAUUUAAAUGGAGGUGGAAACAUCAGGAGUUCAGCAAGGGAGGGAGGAGCUCUACAGCCCAACGUCACCUCACAAGAAUACUACGAACCACACAGAAGAGGGAAAACCCACAGAGGAGGAAGGCCUGGAAAGAUUCUGGGUGGAUAUCACCAACCCUCCACAGAAGAAAUCAGUGCAACGAGUCAACCAGAGGCUAAACCAUAUCAACACCAUGCAUCAAACCAACCACAACAUUUAAAAGCACAAAAACCAGGACCUCAGCCAUACUCUCUUCCACAGACACAAGAACAGUAUACAAACCCUAAGCCCCAGUCCGUAGACUACCUGCCCCUGCCUGACCCUCACCACCCACAGUCACAGAUUCAGCUGCAGGCCCAGACACGACCUUAUCCAGUGAAGCAGGAGCAGCUGCCAUUUCAUCACUCUGUACCUUAUCAUCAUGUCCAGACUCAGAUCAAGCAACCUCUGCAGCCUCAGAGACACCCUCAUUUGCAUAACCCAAAUCAUUCCUCCAAACCUCAGCCCAUGUCCCGCGUUCAAACCCAACCUGGCAAAAAUGGGCAAAGCAGGACUAGACUGGAGCCUCAGUCUGAGCCAUAUCAGCCCAGGAGCAGCAGGUGGAAAGAUGAAAAGGAGGAAGAAAGUUCAGUGAUCCAUGACAUCCUCCAACUUCCUCUGAGGCACAAGAUCCCGCAACGACCAAUUCCUAAAAAGGAUGCAAGCAUCUGCAACGUGGACUCCAUGCUGGUUUUCCCGUCUGCUUCAGCAGAGAACUACGUCACCUUCUCCUCGACUCUGCCUGUCCUUCCUGAGCUUUCUUUGUGUCUGUGGCUGCGUGUGGAGAACUCACACAUUGGCACACUGUUUUCCUAUGCCACAAAUGAAAAUGACAACCAGUUAGUACUGUAUGGACGCAACUCUUCUUCCUCAUCUACCUACUCUUCUCCAUUCUCACCUUCUUUCCACUACUCUUCUUCACCCUCCCUGGACUUUGUCAUUGGAGACCCUGCCUAUCGCCGUCUUUCCAUAUCAUCGUUCCUUGAUGCUCGCUGGCACCACCUUUGCAUUGUCUGGUCCUCCAUCCAGGGUCGUUUCUGGCACUACAGCGAUCGCCGUCUCACCUCUUCGGGCUCCAAAUUCAGGAAGGGCUGGGAGAUUCCUGGAGGUGGAUCAGUGGUAUUGGGGCAGGAACAGGACACUGUAGGUGGGGGGUUUGACCCUGCAGAGGGAUAUGCAGGUCAGAUUGCUGGGUUCAGGGUAUGGAAUCGGGUGCUGAGCCCAUUUGAGGUGGAAGGGGUGGCAGAAGGGAGAGGAGUGCCCAGAGGUGUGGUGCUCGACAUGGAAGAUAUAAAGGAGGUCCAUGGGGAGGUACAGCAGGUGGCAUGUGAAUGUUUAGAACACUGUGUCUGAUACAGAUAUGGGGGAGGUUUCAAAUGAAGAGUCAUUGAGCAAAGUUUUCUUUGUGUCACACUCAUUUGUCCCGGUUGUUGGAGGCCAAAUGUUCUAAUAUUUGAGUAAUCCAAAUGCUUGGAUGUGCACAUACCAGUCAAUUUAUGUCAGACUUGGAGAGAGAAGAGAAAUAUCUUUACUCACACAGACAAAAGCACCAAUAUACAGUCAAUUUGUAUUCAUACAACCACACUAAUUAACAGAGCAGUGUCUCGCUCAGUGAGACUUAAGCGAGGUGGAACUGGGAUUACAUCAGCAAGACAAAUACACAUUAACUAUGUGAUAAUAACCUGAGUUUAAUUCACAAAGGAUACUUGUAUGAUGGUUGAGUUUAUUUCUGCAUGCUGUGUGACAGCAUGCAAACAGCAUACAAAUACAACGCUUGUAGGUUCGUCUUUGGGAUUUGUGGUAAAUAUAUGUAAUAUUAGGUUUUUCAUACAAAUAAACUCAUCAUGCCUU